AUGGUUCAACAAGGCUGCCGCAGCUCUGGCCAGAAUAUAGAUUUAGCCGAUAUAAGUAUCAACGACAUCGCUUUAUAUCUUCUAGCCAACUCGAAAAGCAAUGGCGGCUGUGAGCCGCCGUCUUCUGUAAUAAUGCUUGUUAUGACGGAUAAGGAUAACCUUGAUUUAGCUGAACCUCCGUCGAGACAGAAGAAAACUAUCGUGUUUCGCAUUAACCAGGGUUUGUUGGUUGAUAACGCAAUUCUCAGGCUUAGCCCAUUUUGA